AUGGUCAGUAAGAGAGAUACUACCGCAUUGAACGUGGAGAAAGUGAAAAAAGAUAUCAAUGACACUCCUCACAAAACCACGAUAUCACCACCAAUAGGCCAAUUCGCAAUUUCCGCUGUUUUACAACUAGCUGCCUUCGCGGUCGCGAUAUCAUUCGGAAUCUUCGCCGUCAAAAGCGUCAGAAUAUCAAACGAAGCAAAUCGGUACGCGUCCGAGGCGCUCGAAGAGACGCGUCUAGCCAACCGCAUAGCGCUGCUGGCAAUCUGCGCUUCAGCUACCCCCGGCUGCGGGCAGGAUAGCAAUCUCUCCGAUUUCUGUAGACGGGCUUUGGGUGAUGAUUAUGUAGUUUUCUCACAGGCAGAUACCUCCGCUCAAGGAAUCAAUACGCCAGGCCUUACGUACAGAGUGCCUCAGCAGGAUGGGCCGACGUCCACAACAUCGUCUUCUAGUGCUCCCUCCUCGUCUCCGGGCACUUUCUCGACUACCACCCGAACCUUUGCAAUAACCACCACUCGUCAGCAGGAUAACGCGACUCCCACGCUGCCGAGUAGCACGCACCUCCCGGGCACACCAAUUUCUGUUGCCGGAACUGGAAUCAGCAAAGGCGGCAUAGCUGGGAUAAUCAUCGGCGUCGUAGCCGGUGUCAUUGCUGCCUUUACCCUACUCUUUUGUCUCGUACGACACCGGAGACGACGACGGCGAAGUGCGGGAACAAACUCGCCGCCAAUUCUGGACGAGCCGCCGAGCACCUUUUCUCCAGACAUUUCACAUGCUCCUACGACAGCUCAGGCAUCUGGAGAGCAUUCCGAUACAGGACCCACGAAGCGAGCUCGUGGAAGAAAUAGGGAGAGCACCGUGGCCCCAUCCCGGCUGUGGAAGACUUAUAAAGCGCUGUUUGUUGAUUCGACUAUUUCUACGAGUCGAUGA